UAUCUCUUUGGCACUCAGUGGAUUCCCUGUCUGGACUCCAGUGUGACGGGACAGGACAGGACAGGCUUGCCUGGAGGAGACCUGCCCUGGGUUCAGAGCCAUGACAAGAGCUGUGGCCCAGGAAGGAGAGCCCAAUGGGGCCAUUGCAGCUCCAGAAGAGAUAAAAGAGGAGGAAAUGGAAGAGAGAGGCCAGUGGAGCAGCAAAAUGGAGUUUGUGCUAUCUGUGGCUGGGGAGAUCAUUGGUCUGGGUAACGUGUGGAGGUUCCCAUACCUCUGCUACAAGAACGGUGGUGGAGCCUUCCUCAUCCCUUACCUCAUCUUCCUCUUCACCUGCGGGAUCCCCCUGUUCUUCCUGGAGACGGCGCUGGGGCAGUACACCAGCCAAGGAGGGGUCACUGCCUGGAGGAAGAUCUGUCCCAUCUUUGAAGGAAUUGGAUAUGCCUCACAAGUCAUUGAGUGCUAUCUGAAUAUCUACUACAUCAUCAUCUUGUCCUGGGCACUCUUCUACCUGUUCAGCUCCUUCACCACGGUGCUACCGUGGGCCAGCUGCAAUAACCCCUGGAACUCAGAUCUCUGUGUGGACAUUCUGAAUAGCUCCAGCCUGGACAACAGGACCUUGCCUGCGAAUGCCACCUCCUCAAUGAUUGAGUUUUGGGAGAAGCGAGUCCUGGGGCUCACGGAUGGUAUUCACAAACUGGGCACUGUGCGCUGGGAGCUGGCUCUGUGUCUCCUGCUGGCGUGGAUCAUCUGCUACUUCUGCAUCUGGAAAGGGGUCAAGUCCACAGGCAAAGUUGUUUACUUCACUGCCACCUUCCCGUACGUGAUGCUUAUCAUUCUGCUGGUGCGAGGUGUCACGCUGCCAGGUGCCGCCGAGGGGAUCAUCUUCUACCUGAAACCGGACAUUUCCAGGCUGGCAGACCCCCAGGUCUGGAUGGAUGCAGGCACUCAGAUCCUCUUCUCUUACGCCAUUUGCCAGGGGUGCCUGACAGCUCUGGGCAGCUACAACAAAUAUACCAACAACUGUUACAGGGACUGCAUCAUGCUCUGCUUCUUGAACAGUGCCACCAGCUUUGUUGCUGGCUUUGCCAUUUUCUCGGUGCUGGGCUUCAUGGCUCAAGAGCAGGGUGUGCCCAUUGCAGAAGUGGCUGAAUCAGGUCCUGGCCUGGCUUUCAUAGCAUAUCCAACGGCAGUAACAAUGAUGCCUGUGUCUCAGCUCUGGUCCUGCCUCUUCUUCCUCAUGCUGAUCUUCUUGGGACUGGACAGCCAGUUUGUCUGUGUGGAAAGCAUGGUGACGGCUCUUAUUGACAUGUUCCCGGGAGCGUUUCGGAGGAAGGGACGUCGGGAGUUGCUGAUCCUGGCCAUUGCAGUCAUAUGCUACCUGCUGGGCUUAUUGCUGAUCACUGAGGGUGGGAUGUACAUCUUCCAGCUCUUUGACUACUAUGCUGCCAGUGGCACAUGCCUGCUCUUCCUGGCCAUUUUUGAAGUCAUAUGUGUAGGAUGGGUAUAUGGUGCCAACCGCUUCUACGACAACGUUGAGGACAUGAUUGGUUUCCGGCCGUGGCCCUUGAUCAAGAUAUGCUGGCUAGUGUUCACCCCGGGUCUGUGUUUGGCCGUCUUCCUGUUUUCCCUGAUCAAGUACACACCCUUGAAAUACAACAAUUCCUACGUCUACCCACUCUGGGGCUACGUGGUGGGCUGGUUGAUGGCACUCUCCUCCAUGGUCUGCAUUCCUCUCUACGCCAUCUUCAUCCUCCUGAAAACCAAAGGACCCCUGAAGCAGCGGCUAGCACAGCUGAUUUCCCCAGCGGAGGAUCUGCCGCAGCCCAAGAAGCACGUGGCGAGUUUGUCUGAACUGAAGCGCAAGGGAUGGUGUCCCCCGGUCCAGCAGGUGCUCAGCAUCACAGAGAGAGAAACCCACUUCUAAGGCACAAGGGAUGUCUCCUCCGUACCCUGGACUGAUUUGCUCUCUCCUUCCCAAAGUGGGUUUUUUUGUUCUCUCCUGGGCUCUUCCCUUCUCUCCUUCACGUCUGAGACAGAAGCAUCUGGGACAUUCUCUCUUUCCGGCCAGCUGGUUGCACCCACCAGGGACAGCGUUUCUUUUGACACCCUGGGGACAGCUCUCCCUGUCAGCAGCUGGGGAGAGAGCAGCACACUUUUGUUAGAAGUGUGCUCCAGUACUGACACUGGUGGGGAAGAGAAAAACAAUGUAUUAACAAAAAAAGAAAAGAAGAAAAAGGAAAAAAAAGAAGUGGCUGAGUGGGAAACCACCGUGGUGACAGAGCAGAGAGUAACGGUGUGCAGGAGCAAAGUUGGGGAUGCAAAGGCACAAAAGGACAGGGCGCUAGCGCAGGGAAUAAGUAAGUUGUCUCAGAAGUACAUAAGAAGCUGGAGGAUGACAAUGGAAGGUGCAUUGCUAGGUCACCUACGUACGAGGGAGAGGGAGCCAGGAACGCAUCAUAGGCAAUGAUAAAAGGAGCUGCAGGGUUAGUAGUUACGGCUUCAGUUGUCACUGAAAGGGAAAAGAGUGACACAGUGCUCCAUGCAACCAUAGUUACUGAUGAUGGAUCUCAAGGCAGUGUCAGGAUGGAAAAGGGGUGAGGAAUAGCUAUCUAGGGGACUUGCUCAUGGUCAAAACUACACGACCCACUGAAAACACAUUCAAGAGUGAAAUAGAUGAAUGUUUGACAAUUCUUUCAGAAAAUUCAUGGAGUGCAGGAAAAGUCCCAGAGCAGUUGGUAAAAAAAAAUGAGCUGCAACACAGCAGGGAGAAAUGAGACCCUGGGGACUGCACGCCCACAAAUUUAACUGCACUGCUGGGGCAUUUUGUAGAGGAAUUAAUGAAGGAGUUGAUGGGCCUGAAGCUGUGCUGCAGAGUAGCUUCAGGGCAAGGGUGGGAGAAGGAUUGUGCUCCCUCAACUUUGCUGCAGAUGACUGCUCAGGGGAUGGGGAAGACAUAAUUGGGUGCAAUAAUCAGGCAAGAUAAAUUGAUAAUUAAUAGGUAAGAUGGGUUCAUUGGAACCAGAUUGUAUCAAAUUAAAGGUCUGUCGUUGCCAGCGUAGUCAUGAAUGUUAGGCGAUGGCUGGGAGGGAUUGCGCUCGGACGCGGCGUUUGGUGCGAUGCCACACAGCUCUGUCCUGUGGAGGCUGGGGUUGUAAAACUCCCUGCCAAAGCCUGCUUGAAUGCCUAUCGGGAUUUCACAGUUAAAACCACAGGAAAAGACAGCGGCAGGAUCCCCGCAGGAGCUUUGCUGUGGUCGAGGGCAUACGUGCCAGCGCACGGCUGUGCUGCAAUAGUGGCGCAUCACACCACACCAGAGAAUGGCCAUUAGAAGGAAUCAGAGAAGCCACAGGCUCCUUUCCCUUGUUCCUCGUUCCAAGUAAUUGCUUUUCCCUGUGCUAUGUGGAGAUAAACCACCAGCACUGAAAGUAAGCGGGAAAAUUGGGCCUCAUCUGUGCAAUGCAGUACCUAUUCCAAUUGCUAUGGGAACCUUAUCUUUUGCAGCUUCCUGUGAGUUUAACUGGUGAAUUAGCAUAGGGCAAUCUUUUCCCCAUUUAAUUUCCUUUCCUUUAAAACCUGAAAACUAAAAACUGUUGGUGAAAUGAACACUGAAAGUCAAGUAGCAAAAUUUGUACCUCUCUGGGACAUUAUCACUUGAUUGGAGAUGAUUUACUGUAAAAGGUAGAGAUAGCUGGCAAACCUCUUUCUUGUUCCCUGCAAAGGACUGCAAUAACACAUAAGAUACCAUUUAUUUUAUUUUUGUUUUUGUAUAGAGCUGAAUGUUACAUUGCAGCAGUAGUUGUAGGAAGUGCUUAACAUCCACAGGCUUGCAGUCAGGCCUCGUGGUAAGUAUUUUGGUGUUUUUUCCUCUCCCUCCCAGCGGUGCUGCUCACGAUUUGGUGGGGGGAGCAGCUCCCUGCAGCGGGUCUCUACGUGCAGCUGCCACCAAGGAGCAGCAGUGCCAGGGUGGCACAGCCCAAUCAGCUGGGGGAACCACCAGCCUCGGGAGGGUGCCGGGUGCUUGCUCUGCGGCUGCCUCCCCACGCUCGGAGCUGUGGCAGGGCCGUGCACGAGCGGUUUGAUUUCAGGCACAGGCUGCAGCUGCCUUGGCAGUACCCACGGUCAGAAUGGUGGUACUGGUUUGAGAAGGAAACCUGCCUUCUCUUCGUCAAGCAACAGAAAGUUAAAGGUCUGGGACUUGCCAUUCAGAUUCAGUCUUAGGCAUUAGCAUGGGUUUCUUGUAUGACCCUUGCCAGGGCAUUUAAUCCCUUUGCUCCUGCUGCCAUGCCUUUUAGGUGUAAGGUAGUGUCGUACUGCCAGGGAAGUCGUGGAAUGUGUUCACUCCUUUUUCUGAGGUAGCUGGAUAACACUGCAAAAAUCCUAGAGAAAUAAAUCACUUUUCAGUUUUGAGCAUGAA